AUGGAUCACUCGCCUGAUUACUAUCAAAACAUCGACAUGGUUAAGUACAUCGGCUUGACCUGGCUCGCCAUCAUCGCCAGCUUAUUUCUGUUCCGAUGGACGCUUCACCUUCUACACCAUGUGCGUCGGAUGGCGAAUCUCAACACCAACGUCGUCGACGGCCGACAGCGCUACUUCAGCAUGCCAAACGACACUUUCGCCAAAUUCAAGCGCCAUUUCCUCUACGCACCUUUACUACGAAAACGUCACAAUCAAGAGUUUCGCUUGUCGUCGGCAGUCAACGUGGGUACCCUACCGGGUCGUUUGCAGACCUUUUUUCUCCUCGGAUAUCUUGCUCUGAACUUGGCCUUUUGUGCUUGGAAGGUCGAUUAUCAUGACAACGCCUGGGUCACGGUGGCUGUCAGGAGAAUGGGUGUGCUUUCGGUCAUCAACAUGGUUCCAUUGUUCCUCCUGGCCGGGCGCAACAAUCCAUUGAUCCCACUUUUAGGCAUCACAUUCGAUACUUACAACCUGAUCCAUCGUUGGAUCGGCCGCAUUUCCGUCCUGGAAGCUUUCAUUCACGUCGCAUUCUGGGUUUAUGGUCGUACGCGCGAUAAGGGAGCCGAAGAGGGUUGGCGCGGCAUCGCUCACGCCAUGGCGAAUCGUACCAUGACCCUCACCGGCACAAUCGGCAUGGCGGCGUUUAUUUUACUGCUGUUCCAUUCCCCAUCCGUCAUCCGUCACGCCUUUUAUGAAGUCUUCCUCGGUAUUCAUCUCUUUCUCGCAAUGGUCGCGGUCAUCACAGUCUGGAUGCAUCUCAAUUUGUAUCCCUUCUCGCAGAAAAUCCUGGCUGGUGCCAUCAUCUGUUGGGGAUUCGAGCGCCUGAUGCGCGUGUGGCUCCUCAUCCGUGCCAAUUAUUCCCGCUCAAAGGGUGUCACCAAAGCCGAAGUCGAGGCUCUCCCCGGUGACGCUAUGCGCGUGACUCUGCGAGUGGCCCGGCCAUGGAAGUUCCGGCCUGGACAGCAUAUCUACCUAUACAUGCCGUCCAUUGGCUUAUUCUCAAGUCAUCCGUUCUCUGUCGUGUGGAGCGAGGAGAUCACCCCGCCCGCGGAAGACAAACCGUUACCGAUCGCUCGCACAGACAUCCUCGCAGCCAAGGAGACCUCCAUGUCGCUUAUCAUUCGACGACGGACAGGUUUCACCGACGCGCUCUGGCGCAAGGCUGAGGGCAAGGGACCAUUCACGGCAUCGGCUCUCGUAGAAGGACCCUACGGCAACGAAUGCUUCCAGUCUUACGGCACCGUCAUGCUGUUCGCCGCCGGGGUGGGUAUCACACAUCAGGUCCCACACGUCCGGGAUCUCGUGGCGGCGUAUGCGAACGGCACCUGCGCCACGCGCAAGGUGGUGUUGGUCUGGGUUAUUCAAUCACCCGAACACCUGGAAUGGAUCCGGCCCUGGAUGACCCAGGUCCUCGCCAUGGAGCGCCGCCGCGACAUCCUCAAGAUCCUCCUCUUCGUCACCCGCCCGCGCAGCACCAAGGAGAUCCACUCGCCGAGCGCCAGCGUGCAGAUGUACCCGGGCAAGCCUGACGUCCACGCGCUCAUCUCUCGUGAGCAGGAGCGCCAGGUCGGCGCCAUGGCCAUCAGCGUAUGUGGCACCGGCAGCCUUGCCGAUGACGUCCGGCGGGCGAUGCGCGAGCGCUGCGAGAUCACCGAGCUGGACUUUUAUGAAGAGGCAUUCUCGUGGUAG